AUGUCUUCACAUAUUGGUGUUUCAUGUGAUUUAUGUUUAAAAUCAAAUUUUUCUGGUCGUCGUUAUAAAUGUUUAUCAUGUGAUAAUUAUGAUCUAUGUGGUUUAUGUUAUGAUAAUAAUGUUGAAAGUCAAAAUCAUCUGAAUAAUCAUCCAAUGCAAUGUAUAUUAACAAAAGCAGCAUAUGAAUUAUUUUAUGCAGGUGAAUCAAUUUCAUAUCGAACAAUAGUUUCAUUAACAUGUCCAUAUUGUGGUCAAUCUGGUUUUCUUCUUCAUACACUUUUACGACAUUGUUUAGAAAAACAUUCUAUAAUAUCAUCAGAUACAAAUCAAGUUGUUAUGUGUCCAAUUUGUGUAAUUAAUCCAACACAAAGACAUCAAUCUCGAUUUAUUUCAUUAGCUGAUCAUAUUGUAAGAGAACAUGAUGAGGAACGUACAACCUUAUUUCUAACAGGACGACAUCCAGAUGAUAAAGAAGAUUUUGAUCCAGAUUAUGAAGAUGAAGAAUUACCUUUAUAUAUUCUUGCAGAACGUUUAUUUACUAAAGAAGAAAAUCGUCGUCAGAAACUUGCUCAAACAAUGAUUCAAAAUGAAAAUACAACGUCUCAACGACGUCCUCCUCUUUCAAGACACUCAGCAAUGAGAGGUUCUCGAGGAAAUAUAAGAGGUCAUUUUAAUAACUAUCCAUAUGGAACAGUACCACGAACAACAACUGGAUCAUUUCGUAUUCCUUUUGAUACAAAUAUAGAAAAUUCCAUAUCAUCUGAUCCAUAUACAACUAUUCUUUUUUCGCAAGAUCCUCUAUUUGAUUUUGAUUCGCCGUUUUCUGAUUUAACAGCCAAUCCACCAUUUUUUCUUACAUCAACUGUUUCUACUCAUAUUCCUAGUCUUCAAACUGCAACUUAUGAUCAUGUAAUACAGAAAAAAUCGAAUUUAACAAAUACUAAACAAAAGCAUUCUAAUCAAACACAAUCAUCGAAAAUAUUAACUGAACCAUUGACUUCUGAUGAUCAAUUAUGGCAACAAUAUUUUUCUACUUCAUUGAAUAAUAUAAAUUCAUUACUAGAUACAAAUAAUCAAAUUCAAAAUAAUAAUAAUAAUAAAACUGAUUGUUCAUCAAUAAAUUCAGAGAAUGAUUCUCGUUCGUUACUUGGAAAAAUUCUAAAAAUUGAUUGUAAUAACGAACAAACACGAAUACAUUCAGAACAGGACCAUAUAUCGUUCUUACAAUCAUUACUUCUUUCAUCGAUGAAUAUCAGUAUAAAUAAAGAAUAG